CUGGUUUAUAGUGAUCUGUGGUCUGUGUUGUUCGAAGUUUUCUUGCUUCGGUAGCUAAUAUUUUCAAUUAAUUUAGUUACUGCUUGUAUUUUUAAUAAACACAAACCAUGCCUGAUCAUCUAGGAGAUGACAUGCGAAAAGUUAAAGAUGAUAAAGAGGAACCAGAGAAGGAAAUUAAAUCUCUUGAUGAAGGAGAUAUAGCGCUUUUAAAGUCAUACGGACAAGGCCAAUACACAAAGAUAAUCAAAGAGGUUGAGGAUGGCAUUCAGACAGUCAUGAAGAGGGUGAAUGAACUAACAGGCAUCAAGGAGUCUGAUACUGGAUUGGCCCCGCCUGCGCUGUGGGACUUGGCCGCUGACAAACAGACAUUACAGAAUGAGCAGCCUCUGCAGGUUGCAAGAUGUACAAAAAUUAUCAAUGCAGAUUCAAACGAUCCCAAAUACAUCAUCAACGUGAAACAGUUUGCCAAGUUUGUGGUGGACCUGGCCGAUUCCGUUGCUCCCACUGAUAUUGAAGAGGGCAUGAGAGUGGGUGUGGACCGCAACAAAUACCAGAUCCACAUACCGCUGCCGCCCAAAAUAGACCCCACGGUGACCAUGAUGCAGGUGGAAGAGAAACCAGACGUGACCUACAGUGAUGUGGGCGGCUGCAAGGAACAGAUCGAGAAGUUGCGUGAAGUGGUCGAAACACCAUUGUUGCAUCCGGAAAAGUUCGUGAAGCUUGGUAUUGAACCCCCCAAGGGUGUUCUGCUGUUCGGGCCGCCCGGAACUGGAAAAACGUUGUGUGCGCGAGCCGUCGCCAACCGUACUGACGCCUGCUUCAUUAGAGUUAUCGGUUCGGAGCUAGUCCAGAAGUACGUGGGCGAGGGUGCUCGUAUGGUGCGGGAACUGUUUGAGAUGGCGCGAAGCAAGAAAGCCUGUCUGAUCUUCUUCGAUGAAAUCGACGCUAUCGGUGGAGCGAGAUUCGAUGACGGCGCGGGCGGCGACAACGAGGUGCAGAGAACUAUGUUAGAACUAAUUAACCAGCUGGACGGGUUCGACCCCAGGGGCAAUAUUAAGGUCCUGAUGGCAACAAAUCGCCCGGAUACCCUGGAUCCGGCGCUGAUGCGUCCGGGUCGUCUGGACAGGAAGGUGGAGUUCGGUCUGCCCGAGUUGGAAGGGCGCGCGCACAUCUUCAGGAUCCACGCGCGCUCCAUGAGCGUGGAGAGAGACAUUCGCUUCGACCUGCUGGCGCGGCUUUGCCCUAAUUCCACUGGUGCCGAGAUCAGGUCUGUAUGCACGGAGGCGGGCAUGUUCGCGAUCCGCGCGCGGCGCAAGGUCGCGACGGAGAAGGACUUCCUGGAGGCCGUCAACAAGGUCAUCAAGUCCUACGCCAAGUUCUCCGCCACGCCGAGAUACAUGACCUACAACUAAUCUAUUUAUUACUACAUAUUAUAUCAUUGUAUUGUCUAAAAUCUAAAUACGAAUAAAUUACUAUUAAAUAUC